GGAGAGCUCUGAGUCGGAUCUGAACAUACCUCCCUUCAAGUUGGACGUUGAACCGCUUGAGGUCAUCAAGUACCUCAUAGAAGUGAGUGACUCCGCUCCAGCUAUGAAGAGCUUGAUCAUGCGCAGAUCGCCGCCAUCUUCUACUUAUGGAAACUGAACGAAACACUCGGGCCAAGAUGCCAUUGUGAAGUACGCCAGGUUUUGGUGUUUCGAACUCAUGAGGGGAAGCGAAACACUGCAGCAGGCACUCAGAGUCAACCCAUCCGACUCUAUCUUCGAUUGUAUAUGGACGCUGCUGGUCUUACCAACGACGAGAAACAGGCACACCUCUCGGAGGACCUCCAGGUCCUGCACAUCGUCCCGCACCUCGUACGUCUCCGCCCCGCGGGCGUGUACGCCACCGCGGCGAGAGACAAGGUCCUGAGGCUCUUGGCCGACGUCGUGAGCGCGCUCUCGACCGGCCGAACGGUCACGGUCGCGACGGGCGGCGCGGGGCGCUUCACGCUCGCCUUCGGCGGUUUCUCGCGGCGCUGUCUCGCGAGCACCACCGACGUCAUCCUCGCCUCCUGGCCACUCUGGCUGUACGCCAAUCCGGCGCUGGGGAAGUAUCUCCUGCGCCCGCUUCUCGCGUACCAGGCGAGCGGGAUGUAUCCGAAUCAGUGGAGCGCGCAUGGUUUGGGGACGUAUCCAAAGGCGUUGGAGCAUAACGAUGGGAAGGACCUGGCAAUGCCAGUGGAAGAAUGCGGCAACAUGCUCAUCAUGGCCCUCUCCUACACGCUCGCCACGAGCGACCACUCCCUCAUUACCACCUUACGUCCGUCUCCUCUUCCCUGCCCCGUCACUCCGCUGACACUGCAACAGUACACCCUCCUCGACCAGUGGACCCAGUACCUCGUCACCAACUCUCUCAUGCCGGCCAACCAGCUCAUUGCAGACGCCUUCGCGAGCUCUCUGGCGAACCAGACCAACCUCGCCAUCAAGGGCAUCGUCGGCAUCGAGGCGAUGAGCGUCAUUGCGAACAUGACGGGGGAUGCGGGGCGGGCGGCGAAUUACAGCUCUGUUGCGAGUGGGUAUGCUGAGCAGUUUAGCAAGCUCGCUAUGGCGAGCACCGAGGGACACUUGACGUUGAAUUACGGCGAUGAACGCAGCUGGGGCCUCGCGUACAACCUGUAUGCCGACGUGCUCCUGGGCACUCAGGUGUUUCCGAAGUCGUUAUAUCAGAUGCAGGACUGUUGGUACGGUACCGUCGCCAGCACGUACAGCGUCCCCCUAGACACUAGGCACACAUACACCGAAUCAGACUGGGAAAUCUGGAUGGCAGCUCUUGCCACUUCCACGCAGACGCGCGACCUCUUCAUCGAAUCCGUGCACAACUACGCCGCAUACAACGUUGGCAACAACAGCGAGCCAUUAGGCGACUGGUACGACGCGAUCUCGGGCGUGGCACAGGCAUUCCGCGCGCGCCCACAGGUCGGGGCACACCUUGCGCUCCUGGUUCUCAAUACCACCACGACAAAUGCGGGGGGUCAGGGAUGUGCACUUACCAGCACCAGUUCGUUUCCAGCAUUUUCUGGGACGCAGGGGCCGAGUACGACCGGCGGGGGUAGUGGUGCGGCGCCGAGCCAUACAAGCCCAGCGACCCGCGUAAUUGUUCGUCCUGUUCUGUUCGUGUCACUGGAAAUUUCCGUACUGGGGCUGUCGUCCGGCGUGUGGGAUCUGAUAUGGUGAUUUCUAGGGUGAAGUGCUUCGACUGUGUGUGUGUCACAUAUUUAUCAUCUUCCGACGCAGUACGCAAUAUUUAGCCACGUAUCUCGAAUUGAAAGCGAUUGACAGACAUUUCAUCAAUC